AUGGUGCAUUUCCAUCACCCAUACUUUCUACAAAAGCUUCCAACAAAAACUGCUAUAAACCACUCUCUUGGGAAGAACUUGAUCGGUUCUUUUUACCAACCUCGGUGUACGCUUAUUGACACAGACACAUUGAACACAUUACCAGAUCGGGAACUGGCAUCAGGGCUUGCGGAGGCCAUUAAGUGUGGGCUUGUUAGAGAUGCAGAUUUCUUUGAAGGGCAGGAGAGGAAUAUUCAGGCAAUAAUGGCAAGGGAUCCAGCGGCAUUGGCUUAUGCUAUAAAGCGGUCGUGUGAAAUCAAGGCUGACUUGUCCUUGGACGAGAAUGAAAGUGGAGUGAGGGCUAUACUGAAUUUGGGUCAUACAUUUGGUCAUAUGAGUUUUUGUUUUGCAAAAGAAACUGGGGUCGGCAAUGGGAACUGGCUCCAUGGAGAAGCUGUUGCAGCUGGCACGGUAAGACAUUUAUGCAUAGCUUGUGUGCUAGGUGACCGCCUUGUCUGGAUUGAUGAUGCACUCGUGAAGCGAACUACCAACAUUUUUAAGCAGUCCAAGUUACCUAUUGCACCUGCUGAAUCUGUGAUGAUCGAGAUGUUCAGACCUGUAAUGGCGGUUGAUAAGAAGGUAGCUGAUGGGUUACUAAGGCUCGACCUUCAGAAAGGUCCUUUGGGAAACUGUGUCUUCACCGGCGAAUAUGAUAGAAAGGCCCUCGACGAAACACUCCAUGCAUUUUGGAAGUGCUGA